GGUACGCGGAGCAAGUGGCGUCCAAUCGCGUUUAACCUGCAAGCCGAACUGUUGAAAUACUGCCAGUCCGACGUGCAGAUCCUGAAACAGGCGUGUACCCUGUUCGAGCGCGAAUUCAGGGGCAUUUGCAGGUUCGACCCCUUUGAACAAUGCAUCACCAUCGCCUCGACGUGCAACGUGGCCUACCUCGCCAUUGGAUGCGGCCCCGAACCCUGGCCAUCAAACCACUGCACGGCUGGCAUCCGCAGAUCCGUCAAUCGAGAGCCACCUUGGAAUGGUUGUACCACCUGGAACGCAUCCUGCCCCCACCCACGGACGGUGAACCCCGCCUACGCCACAGCCGUAACGGAGGCGAAGUGCUGUUCUGGAUCAGCGAGCAUCACUACUACGGGGACGGCUACGAUCCGCGCACCGGGUUCGUGUACGAAUUCUACGGGUGUUUCUACCACAGGUGCCCCGAAUGUUUUCCCCAGCGACACCAGCGGCACGCCAAACUCGACGGGGCCACGCCCCACGAACUGUACACACGCACGGUCCAACGGGCCGAACGCAUCCGUCAAGGCGGUCACGUGGUGGUCGAAAAGUGGGAGUGCGAAUGGGAAGCCCAAAAGAGGGAGGAUCCCGAGUUGCGCCUGUGGGCCAAGACCCUGGAUCUGGUGACACCCUGGAUCCCCGCGAGGCCUUCUUCGGCAGACGGACCGAAGCAGUCCGAUCCCACUGUCAGGCCCAGCCGGACCAACACAUCUUCUACGACGAUUUCACGUCGCUGUACCCGUGGGUCAAUAAGAACUGCAAGUACCCCGUGGGUCAUCCCGUCAUUCACACGCAGUUUACCUGCCAGACCCCCGAAGACUGGGACCGACUGGUGCGCCAGCAAUUGUACGGGUUGGUCCAAUGCCGCGUCCUGCCGCCUCACUACCUGUUUCAUCCCGUGCUGCCCGUCCGCGUGGCCGGCAAGUUGCUGUUUCCCCUGUGCAUCCAAUGCACCCGAGACCAAGUGCCCCUGCCCUGGACGGAACGCACUCACGUCUGUGACCACACCCCUCGCAAACGAGCCUUCGUGGGUACCUGGUGCACGCCCGAAUUGGUGCUGGCCCGGACCAGGGGUACGUGAUCCUCCACAUCUACGAACUGUGGAACUUUCGUCAGACCUCCACCACCCUGUUCAGGGAUUACAUCAAUACGUGGAUCAAGGUGAAACAGGAAGGCGACGGCUGGCCCUCGCCCGAGGUGGCCAAAGAUCCCAGCUUGCAGAUCGAGUACCUGGAAGAGUUUCGGCGCGUCGAAGGGGUGAUCCUCAACCCGGCCAAGAUCGAACGCAACGAGGGUCGACGCACGUUGGGCAAAUUGAUGGCCAACAGUUUCUGGGGUAAAUUCGGCCAACGCACCAACAAGACC